AUGAAGGAGGAGGAUGAGUCUGGCAUGAAUCGAGUCCUGGAUACGCUUCAGAUCCCCCGUGCACCUACGAAAAGGAGGAGCUCGAUCGCAACCACUAUACAGAACACUCUGGCCCUACCGACUGCCGCCCGUUCACCUGGUCAAUCUCCGACCUCUCCUCAAUCAACGUCGAACCACCAGUUAGAAACCGAUAAUGCACCUGAAAUAUCACCACCCUCACAGAUCAGACUUCACCAGACAUCUCUCCCCCUUCCAGAAAAUAGUCAAGGGGUCCUAGGUCAAUCCAGCAUGAAUUUGGCCUUGCCUAAUAACAUUAAAACCCCAUCAAAUUGGGGAUUCACUCUUCCAACAGCGGAAAGUCUGGAUGCUCUGUACGCCAACAUAGAUGGUCGAUCGAACGGGUCACAUGACACUAGUCUGAGUCCGGAUAGCUUGCAUUUGUCGCAAGACAUCGCACAGCAGCCUGGGGUGCUCCUAAACCAGGCUUGGAACGAUCGCGAUGUGGACUCGAACAGUGGUGAGGAAGAUGAAGCCGAGAAGGAUGUCAUUGAACAGAUUUCGCACCGCAUUGGGACCCUCAAACUUUCGGGUGACGGCCAUCUACGUUUCUUCGGCGCAACCUCGAAUCUCAACUUGGUGGAUGUUUCAGCGACUCAACAACAUCAGCGUCCGGACGCUCGAACAGUUCGUCAUGACGGACAAGACAUUCUGAACCACUUGCGGGUGGGCCAACCCGUCAGUCAAGCGCUGGAAGACCAUCUUGUUGAACUCUACUUCACUUGGCAGAACCCCAGCACGUAUGUGGUUGACAAGGAGAUGUAUCUAAGCGCUCGGUCCGAGUGGAGAAACGACUUGAUCGAUACUCCCUUCUAUUCGGAGGUUCUCACGAAUGCUAUGUGCGCUAUUGGAAGUGCUUUCGAAGCUCGGUAUCACCCUACCUUCAUUACAUUUCCCAAGUCGCUCUCAGAAUUUUUCGCCGACAGAGCGAAAGCUCUUCUGGAGAUUGAACUAGACUCUCCUUGUGUUGCUACUGUCCAGGCCCUUGUCAUACUGAGUUCCCAUGAGGGCUCAUCAAAUCGUGAUGCUAGAGGCUGGCUUUACAGCGGCAUGUCGAUGAGACUCGCAUUUGACCUCGGACUGCAUCUUGAUAUGACGCCGUACGUCGAGAAAGGUGACAUUAGUGUCCACGAAGCCGAUGUUCGCAAGAUAGCCUUUUGGGGGAGCUACACCGCAGAUCACUUCUGGGGCUUCUAUCUCGGGAGGCCUUUCCGGAUGAGUACUGGGGAUAUUACAGUGCCUAAGCCUGCUUCUGACUUAGGUGCCGAGAAAGAAGGCAUGUGGCAUCCGUACGGCUUGCCGAUGAAAUCGGAAGCACUUAUGAGCGGGUUGAAGAAUCCCAACGAGCUGGUUAGCCGGCAGUUUGCUGUACUAUGGGAGAUUAUUUCUCCCGUGGGCCAUAUUCUAUAUGGAUGCUCGGAUAUUUCCCGCCAUGAUCUGCAGAGACUAUGCCACCGUGUAACAGAUGAUCUCUUUGCUUGGAAGGCCAACCUACCCUCUAAUCUGGACAUUGAUAUGUUGAAUGACACUGUUCCGAAGCUGCCCCAUCUCCUCGUACUACACAUGCAAUAUCAUCAGAUCGUCAUCUUUACUCACCGCCCAUGGGUUUCGAAAAGCUACAUUCAACCACGCAGUCCUCGCCAAGGACCCGGGUACCAUCACGCAAGAAGAAUGUGUAUUGAGUCUUCUACGGCCAUCGCGCAGCUUCUCCACAUUUACGAGAAAUAUUAUACCUUCCGUCGCAUGAACAGUCAAGUUGUGGCUAUGAUUUUCAGCGCCGCCCUGAUCCUUCUCUACGUUACGAUUUCCAAUUCUCGCCCUGGCAGCGACACUGGCAGCAAUGCUGAAAUGGUUGCGUAUCUUAAUCUCUGCUUUCGUGCUUUGGAUGAAAUCGGCCAGUCGUUCGAGAACGCCAAGCGAACCCGAGACUUCCUCGUCAGUCUGCAGCGGCGGUGGCAAGCGCAUAUGCGUCGCUCGGGGUCCGCAGUCAAGCGCCAGAUGAGCCAGCGAGGACCAUCGCAGAAACCCGCCGGGCGAACAUUAGACGCAGACGCAUCGAGGAAGAAAACGCGGACCACAGCGCCUCGGAACCAGGCCACCAUGCCUCUGUCGCUGCCGACGGCGCACUCACUCGCUGCCACCGGCCUACCGCUCGGUGAACCGCAACUCCAAACUCGAUCAGCACAGCAUCAACAACCAGUGGAUCCUGUCCAGUCCUUGACCACAUGUCAGCCAGGGGAUUUCGACUGGAUCCGCGAUUCGGACCUGCAAUUGCUCUCCGACAAUCUGGGCGAGGACGGGUUUCCGCCCCUGGGCAAUACGAAUCUGUACGCGGAGGAUGCCACCCUGCCUUCAUUGAAUGACAUUGAAUCCUGGUGGGACUCGCCGGAGGGAAAUACGUUCGGGGGUACCUCGUUAUGA